AUGGAUGCAGCUGCACUUUUAUGCAACAUCUGCCCCAAACGUCCCACGUUCAGCGAUGUAUCUCACUUGCUAACCCAUGUCGCAUCGAAAGCCCAUCUCUCUCAUUAUUUCAAACUUCAGGUACGCAGUCAUCAGGAACAACAAGCAGUUGAUCUACUGGACGAAUAUGACCGGUGGUAUAAGACCAACAAUCUCGGGAGAUUGCUUUCAGAUCGAAUGUCCUCAAAGGAAGCUCGAAAGAAGAAGACAUCGACGAAGCCUACGACCCACGCAGAGGUCAAGGUCGAGAAGACAGACGCCCCCAUAUCUGUUCUUCCCUUGAUACAUCACCCUUUUCCUGACUAUCUAGACCCUCGCCUUGCUGAUACCUACAUUGAACGACCGUUGGAACUCUCACACGCUGGAUCAUCCUCGGUAGGUUCUGAAUGUGAGCUUUGGAAACGCGAACCCAGAGAUGCGAUUGCGUACGACGAUGGCUUUUCUGUUAUGCCGUACUGGGCAAGCCCAAGAGAAGACAGAAUGGCGACCGGCACAAACACAAUUGAUCGCGGAUACAGUAGCGACCCCUUCCUGGAUGAAGGUGAUAGCAUUGACUGCCCUGUGUCCGGCCUACUGGACAAAGAGAGAGCGGAUGAGAUGGCUAGACUCAAGGGCAUCCUGUGGCCCGGUAUGGACAUCUUCGACUCUGCCACAGAACAAAUGAGGCGUCGUCGUAACCAAAAGAAGGAUGAGAGUAUUCUGAGGAUGAUGGAGAAGACCUCCCUGUGCGUCGAGCCGACAGAACUUGUCUUCUCUCCAACAGGAAUCCUCCGAAAGCAACGGGUAAUCUCUGGCAAUGUUGAGGACAGUAGCCCGCUCAAGGGUGAAACUCCAAUACCCAAAAGACGAGUCAGCCGCUCCAAGAGGGUUCUCUCGCAACUUGACGCUAACAUUAAUCGUCGGCAACAUGGACCGAACAAGAAAAGAAACAAGAAGAUCGAAAGGCAGAGUGUCGAGUGUAUGGCUGAGCAUUCGACCCAGAGUGCUGCUCAAUCGCGCCAGGGUCAAGUUUCGGUUUACCGGAGGAGCUGCGCAGACGAUCAAGCCAAAUCUGUCCCUAAGAGAAGGAGCGGACUCAAGGAUCGCAACGAGUUCGCAGUGUACCGUGACGAGGAAGGACAGCACCGGCGAAGCUCGUGGACCCAACAUACCAAUGGUGGAUUGUCAUAUGCAGCAUCUGCCGUUGCCCACCCCAUUCUCCUACUACGCGAAUACACAGCCCGUAUUGACGAGUGUGCGUCCCACUCCGCUACUCAUCUAUCCGCAUUCACAGAACGGACCCCUGAUGAGUCCAUGGAUAAGGAGAACAUCGAACCUCUCUUCAAUGCCUGCGGCCGCAUUGAUCCUGGAGUGGACUGGCGUUCCCCUGCCAUGAAGCAACAUCUAGCAAAUGAUAUAGGUUACCCGCCACAGAUCUUCUAUCAGAAUGCCCAAUCUGCCGGUUUGAGUCCAUUUAGAGGUCAUGAUAGUCCCGCAGGAUAUCACUACAAUCCUCUAUCGGUCUCGCUGGGCAGACUACCUGUCGAAGAGACUCAAUUGAGUACCCUGAACUCACAGGCGGGGGCUAAUUAUAAGGCACGCGCUGAGUCUCCCGAAGGCACAGUCUCAGAUGCCGAGGAAGGGGAAUUCGACCGGCUCUACCUGCCUGGGAGCUCUUGUUGA